AGUUAUUGUUAUGUUAUGGCGCAAAAUCUGGGCCUUACGUUACAAUGACAAAAUGUUCUCUAGGACGUGUUGUCAAUGAACUGCUUAUGUUAAUAAUCAAUCAAAGUAGUAAUUUGUAAAUAAGUAUAAAGCUUUUUAGUUUUGCUAUUAUCCUACUAACUCUUGGCUCACGGCUUGCUAAAUACAUAUUGUGGUGUUCCAUGUCAUUACACAUUCUGUCUAAUUAUCGUUUAUAUCCAUGAAGGUCAUUGAAAGUCUAUGACUAAUAAUACUGGAAAUACUCAGUCAUAUUUUCUUCGCUCUUUUUAAAACCACCGUUGGCCUACUGUUUAAUUGCAAGGAACAGUACCCACGGGUACCCAAUUUCCAAAGUCUGUAAGCACAUUUGUGUUCCGAUAUCUAACAAAUGGCUUAUUUUUUUACUUUUGUAUUUACCUUCAUACCUGAAACCCCCAUGAUAUUUCCGAUUUCGAUCUCCAUGGACUCUGAUUAAGUAUUGAGUAACUUCAGAUGCUUUUUUUUACUGUCUAACCUAUGGCUCUAUUUAUCACAAAGAAAUUUUUGUUCCUUCUUACAAACUGAGACAAAUAGUGAUCACGAUUUACCUGACAGCGUUGCUUUAAGAUCCCAAGUUCAAGCAAACAUCUCAGCCAAUGUAACUACUAAAGCGUUAUCAUCAUCUGUUAUAUCCUAACGAAGAUUAAAUAAACGGUUACUGUUAAAAACUACUUAUGAACUGUUUUUAUAUAUUUAUUCUUAUUGUAUGGCUUAAGUAACUAGAUCAUACAUAUUUAUAUUUUUCUCAUUAUAAGAUUUCAUUUGGCCUACUGGUUAUUAUACAAUCUAACCACGUGAUAUAAUAUCAGGUGCAUUGAACACAACACUAUCCUUUUCUAACCGGGCUUGACAGGACUUUUCUAUGUCUUUUACUGUGAUAAAAUUAGCCACAAUUUCAUUGCUUGUUGAUAUUUUUUUCAAGGAUUUUUGUGUCUUCAUUUUUCCUCUGUCUAUGAAUGUUGUGUUCUGUUUUUGUUUUAUAUUAGCAACUUGAAUUGUAAUAAUGGCUUAUUCGAUGUAAAACUACAUACCGAAUAUGUUUUGGAAUCGUUUAAGAAAAACUAAUAAACUAAUAGAACAUAUUGUCAUUUUCCAUUUGGAUAGUACAAACGGUGAUCCUGUAGUUGAAUAUGUCUAUCCAUCUGUUAAGAACGAAAAUUCUCACUUUCAUAAGCUGCGAAAUUUUGUUCUUCCAUGUAAGCAUAAAAGUCUUAUUUCGGAAGAGUAUACACUUAUAUUCACGGAUAGCGAUGGAACUGUAGAAUUUUUUGCCUGUAUCACUUUACCUAUUUCCGGAUAUAUUGUGUGUGUUAGUAGUUAUUUUCCUUACUUUGAACUUUUGCACUCAAUCAUAACUCUGAUUAAUCAAGAACAUUUAUACAGAGGAGAAAACCGACGUAAUAUUGAAGUAAUUUUAAAGGAAUUGCAUUAUCAUUCUGGCGUUGCUACACUUAACAUUUCAUCACCUCCGAAUUCGACGAAAUUAAGUAUACAACUCCCGGAAGCACAGUUUCAAUUUGUUUAUCACAGACACAUUUUAGAGUAUUAUAAUACAUUGUCUAUCGGCAAUUGGAUUGUAAUAUUUGAAAGCUUGAUUUUGGAGAAAAGUGUAAUAUUCUACUCAAGUCGUUUACAGCGUAUUACUUCCUGUCUUUUGGCCAGUCUAAGUUUGUUGUACCCACUUAUAUGGCCUCAUUUAAUUUAUUCUCUGCUACCUUCCAAUUGUAUUGAAUAUGUUGGCUGUCCGACCCCAUUUGUUGCUGGUGUUCACUCAUGUUUAAAAGAGAAAAUGAAACCAUUGUUAAUUCCUGGAGUUCGACUUGUCGAUUUGGAUCAUGAUGUUGUAUAUGGAACAGGGGAUGUUGGAAUAACCAUGCCAUCUGUUUUACGUCAUUGGUUGAUUAAACGGUGUAACGCAUCACACAGUGCAAUUUUACGGCAUAUACGCUCAACAGAGAAUGUUGCUUCAACUGCUGCCUUACUUCUAGCUCGACCAUACUUAGAACUAAUGGCUAUUCUUCUUGGUCGUUAUCGAUCGGCACUGCAGCAUAAUGAAGCUUCUUCAUCUGUCGAUCUUUUACCAAUACAAUCACCAAAUGACGAAAGUCGAUCACAAGAUAAAUUUGAUCAACCUCGUAUAGGUGGAUGGUUUUUCGAUCGUGCUGCAUUUGUCAUUUCUUGUGGUCAUGAAUUACAGCCAUAUCUUACAGAACUUUUAAAUUCUCAGAUGGUGAUACAAUUUUUCGAAUCACGUGUAGCAGUUUUAAAUUCAGAUAUGGCGUUUAUUCCACCAGAUGAUUUUGAAGAUAUUAUCGACCAUGUUUCCAUCCCGAGGCGUUCUGGUGGAUUAAAUGAUCUACUGAAUUUCGGUCGAACUGAAUUUGAUAAAAUAACUCGAAAACUGACGCAGAAAUCCGAGAAACUUUCACAGAAAUUAGUCACUCGUCCUAAUAAUCUUUAUCAAACCUUUAAAUUCAAUAGUUCUACGAUGCAGAAACGAAAUUUCAGUAAUUCUGCUACAUCAAAAGCUCACAGUAGAAAAGUACUAAUCCCGUCUCUUUCAACUCGACCAUCAGAACAAGAUAUUUGUGAGAUAUUAAGGAAAAAAUUGGAAUUUAAAAAAGAUAAUAAUUUAUCUUUACCCACUCAUUAUCAGCAAAACAAUGAUACUAACAAUCUUCUAUCUUGUGAUAAUUCCAUAUGGCAACCUUUAUCACCAAAAAUCGAUCAUGAAUUACGUAAUUCAGAACGAACAAAUCGUAGUCUACUCACUAGUAUUUUGUCAGAACUACCUGACUUAACAGCUGAUUUUUAUCCUUCAACAACUAGUCGAGUUAAUGAUUCCCAAGUAUCGCUUAGAAAACGUUCUCAAGACAUAGAGAAUAAACCAUUUAAUCUUCGUCGUAAUUCAUCAAAGCGUAUGGGUUGUUACGUAGAGUCUCCUGAAAAAGCUUUUCAUAAUUGGGUUACGUUCGAUUCUAGCCCACCUACAUGUUCUUCUGAAGAUCUUAUUAAUUUGACUGGUUCCCCUUCCAAAUCAUCCAAUAUGCUUGAUCCGUUUUCAGAUGAUUCAUUUUCCAAAUCUUUAUCAACUAACACAAAACCAGCUAAAUGUGAUCACAAUGAAUUAGAACAAGCAAUUCUUGAUGAAUUCGACCAAUUGUCUAUAUCUCGAAUGAGAAAAACAUAAUGGUGACAAUUAUAAUUCUCGCUUAUGUAUAUGUCGUUAUUAUGAUUAACUAAUUUUAGUGUAUAUUUACAAAUGAAUCUCUGUAAUCGUCGAUCUGAGAUCUCAGUUCAUGAUAAAAUUUCAUUCCAUUUUCUUAGAAUCUAAUAGAGAUUUCUUACGUUUUUUCUUAUUACAAUCGGGACAAUCAUUUUUUUUAAACUUUACAUUAUUUGUUUAUUUAAAUUCUUUGUAUUUCAAAAAAAUUUGAUUAUUA